AUGGAUUCUGCGGAGGCAAGUUCGACUACCGACCUCGAGUAUCUACGAAUGAACACUAACCGGUUCACCACAGUAAUGUCCGUCUUUUCAUCUCUGCGCUACUGCCUUGGUGAUCCCCAUGACCACGGCGCUAUCUGGGCCGCUCUCGGGUUUAUGCCUUUCGGCCUCUUUUUCGAUUUCAUGGACGGGAGGAUUGCAAGGUGGAGGAAGAAGUCGUCUCUCAUGGGGCAAGAAUUGGAUUCUUUGGCAGACCUGAUUUCCUUCGGUAUGGCCCCGGCCGCAGCUGCAUUCGCUCUUGGAAUCCGAACUCCUCUCGAUCACCUAUUUCUUACAUUCUUCGUGCUCUGCGGCUUAACACGUCUCGCUCGUUUCAAUGUGACCGCCGCGGUUCUUCCCAAAGAUAAGACCGGCAAGUCGAAAUACUUCGAGGGCACGCCGAUUCCCACCACAUUAAGUAUUGUUGGGUUGAUGGCCUACUGGGUAUCGCAAGAAUGGAUUUUGGAAGAUAUCCCGCUGGGCCUUGCUGCCGAGGGCACGCUUUUUGAGUUUCACCCCAUCGUCUUGCUCUUUGCUCUGCACGGGUGCCUCAUGGUCAGCAAGACCCUGCAUAUCCCGAAGCCGUAA